GCAGACACUGAUAAGAGUAUAUAGAGGGAACCCAUCUCUGAAUAUACGACUCUCCAUGGAAAGUCUCAGAUACUUACCACAAGCACACGUGUUCUCAUCUCUCAUAGACUACACUACACAUUACAACCUCACUCGUUAUACCCAACCCGUCUUCUCUAAAUAGAACCGUUAAAAACUCCUAGUCAACAACCUCUGGAACCACGUAGAGACACUAUCCACAAUGGCCGCUACCGCUGCUGAGUCCCGGCUCUUCCAGCCACUCAAACUCACCCCCAAAAUCACCCUUGGCCACCGUCUUGCCAUGGCCCCUCUGACCCGUUUCCGGUCUGACGACGAGCACGUCCCCAUCGUCCCGCUCAUGACCACCUACUACUCGCAACGUGCCUCGGUCCCGGGCACCCUGCUCGUUACUGAAGCAACCUUCAUCUCCCCCGCGGCCGGCGGCUACGACAACGUCCCGGGUAUCUACAACGCCGCGCAGAUCGCCGCCUGGAAGAAGAUCACCGACGCCGUGCACGCCAAAGGCAGUUUCAUUUUCUGUCAGCUGUGGUCGCUCGGGCGGGCUGCUAACCCCGAGGUGCUGGCUAAGGAAGGGGGGUUAAAGCUCAAGAGCUCGAGUGCCGUGCCCAUGGAGGAAGGGGCUCCCGUGCCCGAGGAGAUGACGGUGGCCGAGAUCAAGGAGCGGGUGGCCGAGUAUGCGGCCGCGGCCAAGAACGCAGUUGAGGCUGGCUUCGAUGGCGUCGAAAUCCAUGGCGCGAACGGGUACCUGAUUGAUCAGUUCCUUCAGGACACGUGCAACCAGCGGACGGACGAAUACGGUGGCAGCAUCGAGAAUCGGUCGCGGUUCGCGCACGAGGUGGUCAAGGCUGUGGUGGAGGCUGUUGGCGCCGAGAAGACGGGCAUCCGGCUCAGUCCGUACAGCACAUUCCAGGGGAUGAAGAUGAAGAAGGAUCUGAUUCCGCAGUUUGAGGAUGUGAUUCGGAAGAUCAACGGGUUUGGACUGGCGUACCUGCAUCUUACACAGUCGCGAGUUGCCGGGAAUAUGGAUGUUCAGCCCGAGGAGGAUGAGGAGAACUUGGCUUUUGCGGCCAAGCUGUGGGAUGGGCCGUUACUGAUCGCCGGCGGGCUUACCCCCGAGACGGCGAAGCAUUUGGUUGAUCGCGAGUUCCCGGAGAAGGACGUGGUUGCUACGUUCGGGCGACACUUUAUCUCGACACCGGAUCUGCCGUUUAGGAUCAAGGAGGGCAUCGAGUUGAACCCGUAUGACAGGGAUACGUUCUACAAGGCCAAGUCGCCGGAUGGGUAUAUCGACCAGCCGUUCAGCAAGGAGUUCGAGAAGGUGUACGGGGCACAGGCGUAGAACUAGAGCAGGACAUAUCAAAGACAGGGCGGAUAUAGACUAGACUUCUAGGUAUUUAAACAGGAUGGAAUCGAGCGAUAUAGAAUUCCCCGUUUGUCGAUUGCUUGGUUUUUUUGGCUCCGUGUCAGGUAUAUAAUUACCCUUCCAUUGUGCCCGAACGGCCGCCAUAUUAGGAGUCCAGUCUUUCUUAACCAAUGGCCAUUUCCCAGAGCUUAUUCUCUUCGCCGGUAGGGAGCCAUCGCAUCGUUACCAUGUUCCCG